AUGGCGCAAAACAUCAAAGGCCCCGGCAUGCUCUGGGUAACGGGCAACAUCUCCAAGCACGCGGCCAACCUGCUCGACGAAGACACCUUCCUCCGCUGGUACGACGACGACCACAUCGCCGAAAUCGUAGCAACAUCCGGCAUCCCGAGCGCUUUCCGCUGCCUUCACGUUGAUAGGGCCUCACCGCUGGGGACGCCGGAAUGCCCGAAGCCGUAUCUCGCGUUCUAUCCCAUGCCGGAUUUGGCGUUUACGCAGGGGCAGGAAUUCAAGGGGAUCCGGGUGAAGAGUGAUAUCUUGCCCGGGUCCGGGAUCGUGUAUGAUAUGGCGGACUUGGAUGUGGGCUAUUAUGGGCUGGUGGGGAAGACUCCCCUAGGCCCGGCGCAGUUCUUCGUGGUUUCGGCGAUUGAGCCCCCGAGCGACGCUAUGGAUGAGGAAGUGAACCAGUUCUUCGACCAGCAAGCAGCGACCAUGUCAAAAACCGAAAACUACCAGCGCUCACUCCGCUUCCGGCUCCUCUACGCUCGCACAAACGCGCAGUCACGAGCACUAAAAGGCCUCCCGACGACCGACGAUGCACCAGCCCCCGAACCGCCAACGUGGAUGCAAGUCUACGAGUUCUCCGCUGAGCCGUCAUCCAAUGUGCGGGCCGCCAUCAAGAGCGAUUCUCACGAGCUCCUGAAGAAGGCCAGACAGAAUGAGGCCAAUGCCUUCAGGCUAGCGAAACCGCACGGUGAGGCGAAGUUCUUCGAGGAGUAG